UGCUGCUGCGAGGCGAGGGCGAGCUGAGCCCUGCGCGGAGACCGCCCCGUGCACAGCAGACCCCCCGCCACCUCCCCACCCCCACCCCAAGCCAGGAGGAGGCGACUAUGGCGCAGACGCUGCAGAUGGAGAUCCCCAACUUUGGGAACAGCAUCCUGGAGUGCCUGAACGAGCAGCGCCUGCAGGGGCUGUACUGCGACGUCUCGGUGGUGGUGAAAGGCCACGCCUUCAAGGCUCACCGGGCCGUCCUGGCGGCCAGCAGCUCCUACUUCCGGGACCUUUUCAACAACAGCAAGAGCGCGGUGGUGGAGCUGCCAGCAGCUGUGCAGCCCCAGUCCUUCCAGCAGAUCCUCAGCUUCUGCUACACGGGCCGGCUGAGCAUGAAUGUGGGAGACCAGUUCCUGCUGAUGUACACGGCCGGCUUCCUCCAGAUCCAGGAGAUCAUGGAGAAAGGGACUGAGUUCUUCCUGAAGGUCAGCUCCCCCAGCUGUGACUCCCAGGGCCUGCACGCCGAGGAGACCCCUUCCUCUGAGCCCCAGAGCCCCGUGGCCCAGACCUCCACCUGGCCCUCCUGUAACACCCCCUUGCCCCUGGUGUCCCGUGUCAAGACAGAGCAGCAGGAGUCGGACUCAGUCCAGUGCACGUUCGUGGUCAAGCGGCUCUGGGACAACGGCCAGAAGGAGGGAGGAGGCGGUGGAGGUGGGGGAGGAGGCAACAACGGGAGCCGCAAAAUGGCCAAGUUCUCCACGCAGGACCUAGGAGGCAACCGGCAGCAGCAGCAGCAGCAGCAGGGGGUGCAAGCAGGAGGCGGCGGCGGGUCCGGCGUGGUUAGCGGGCCCAGCACGUCCGACCAGACCAGCCCCGGCACAUCCAGCGCCUACACGAGCGACAGCCCAAGCUCCUAUCACAACGAGGAGGACGAAGAGGAGGACGCGGCCGAGGAAGGCUCCGAUGAGCAGUACCGGCAGAUCUGCAACAUGUACACCAUGUACAGCAUGAUGAAUGUAGGGCAGACAGCAGCAGCCGCCGCAGAGAAGGUGGAAGCCCUCCCUGACCAGGUGGCCUCUGAGUCUCGCAACCGGAUCAGAGUGCGGCAGGACCUGGCAUCGCUGCCGGCCGAGCUCAUCAACCAGAUCGGGAACCGGUGUCACCCCAAGCUGUACGACGAGGGCGACCCUGCUGAGAAGCUGGAGCUUGUGACAGGCACGAAUGUGUACAUCACCCGGGCGCAGCUGAUGAACUGCCAUGUCAGCGCGGGGACGCGGCACAAAGUGCUUCUGAGGCGGCUUCUGGCAUCCUUUUUCGAUCGGAACACUCUGGCAAACAGCUGCGGCACCGGCAUCCGCUCGUCCACCAACGACCCCAGCCGGAAGCCGCUGGACAGCAGGGUCCUGCAUGCCGUGAAGUUCUACUGCCAGAACUUCGCCCCCAACUUCAAGGAGAGCGAGAUGAACGCCAUCGCUGCCGACAUGUGCACGAACGCCCGGCGCGUGGUCCGUAAGAGCUGGAUCCCCAAGCUCAAGCUGCUGAUGGCAGAAGGGGACACCUACACCACGUUCAUCAACGACACUGGGAAGAUGGAGCCGGACAUCAUGGGGGUGGAGCACAACUUUGAGACCGGCAGUCACGACGGGGAUGCAGGGACCUCGGCCGAGAGCCUCCAGUAAAAAACCGCUUCCUCCCUUUAGCCUUUUCCAUUCACUGAUUUAUUUUAUUUUAAUUUCUUAAUUUGAUGAUUUUUAGCGUCCCACGUUGAUUUGAUUUUAAUGUUUGUUUUUUUUUUCCGGUUUGCCAGGGGGAAAAAAAAGUUGCACCGUCUCUUUAAAAAAACAAAAUCAUCCUUGGUUCCUAAUGCAGUGUGGGUAAUGAGAGAGGGGUCGGUGGCGUGGGCAGUUUCGAUCUCACACUGUUCUUCCCGGGUGGGCGGAUGUUUUUGUGGGUGGCUUUGUGAGUCAAAUCGGGGAAAUCUCCCCCCCCCCCUUUCGGGUUGUGCAGGAUCUGUGCUUUUAAUGAGCUCUCUUUAAAUAAAUCUGUAAAUAAUUGAUUACGCUUUAUACGCAGGUUCUGUUUAUAGGUGGUUUGCAAAGGGGUAAUAAAUGAUGGCUCAUGUCUCAAGCAUAUCAAAGACAGGAGCGGCGGAUGUGUUGCAGCUGGGUCUAAGCUUCCCAUUGGAUUCGAUAACUGUCCCUGAGAACUGAUUAACCAUGUGUUCGAGUCCUCAUUAACCCUGUGCAAACCGCUUGCGAAUGGAGCCUUCGUACAAAGUGGGACCGUGUGAUUUUACAGGAAAAUAAAAAUCCCAAUUAAGACCCUGAUUUCUAAAAAGCAUCUGUUCAAAACAGCAUAUAAGCAUGCGCUUAACUUUAAGCACCUCUUUAAGUUCCUCGUGAAUUCAGUCAAAAUGGGACUUUGACCUUAUUCAUCUUAAGUGCCAAAGUCCCACUGCUUUCUUUCAUCUAUCCGCGUGUUGCAGUGGUGAGAGUGGAGAUAAAAGAUGGGUCUUAACGUGUGCGUCUCUGAAUGGGGGCUUUUUUUUUUUAUUAUUAUUAUUUUUUUUUUAAGCAAGUGACAGAGCAACGCUCCUGGCUAUGAUGUCUUUUCACAUUGCGUCUACACUGGAUUUUUUUUCUUCUUUCCCCUUCCAACCACAUAGUGUAAAAUCCGAGGAGUCGCUGCACUUUGGGGAUUUGAACUCUGGGCAGAGCCAACCUAAUUCCGUGUUGUUUUGUCUCCCUCGAGUGGCUAGGCUGCAUGUAAAGAUUUGAAUCCUCUAAUGGGCCACAUCUUUUACCUUUUUUUGCCACAGUUUUGUCACAGUUUUGCCUUUUUUUUUGCUACAAGUCUGAGAUUCAGUCCCCAGCCAAGGGGUGUCGUGUUACAUUAACUUGAAAUUCGAGAUCAGUGGCAGAGCUGGGUGGAAAGUGUUGGCUGAGAUUUCUUUUGGCUGAAAAAGGCAGAUUUGCCGCCGAAACGGGGCAGUUUCACCAAAUUGUUUUGGUCCAAUCCCUCCCCUGAAACGUUUUGUUUUGACAUUUUCAAAUUAUUUCAGUGUUUCAACAUAACAUGAGACCUGCAAUUUUAUUUUAGAAAUAUGAUUAAAAAAUGCUCCAAAACAAAACGUUCUGCUUCAGAGCGAACAGGUUUUGUUCAACCUAAUGCAUCUUUUUUUCCGGGGGGGGGAGUUUGAUGCUGAUGUCACUAUAGCUACGCUGAUAUAAAACCAAAGUCCAGCACAAAUGAGACCCUGAAUGCCAUAUGCAAGGCUGUGUUUGGUUUUUAAAUAGCAAGGGGCAUUGUUGAGGCAAAAGAAAGAAUGAUCUAUUUGAAUCCUUUCCAGUUAAUGGCAGGAUCCUAAGUUGUGAUUUUAAAAAUGUAGACUCUGAUCCUGCACACACAGACAGGCUUCAUCUGUAAGUGCGCGUGUGUGUAUUCACUGACCUAUUCACAUGCUGCUUCUUAAGCACUGGGCCCUGUUUCCAUUCCUGGAAUUGAUGCUGUAUGUUUUCUUGAAAUGACACUGGUUAAUUUCACAUUCCCUUUCUAGUCAGUUUCACUUCUCUGCUGCUUUGCAGUCAGGGACUCCUGGGUUCUGUUCCCAGCUCUGGGAAUGGCACGUAGACUGAGAGUUAUCACAGGGGGCUGGGAGUCAGGAUUCCUGGGUUCUGUUCCCCGCUCUGCAACCGAUUUACCCCUCUCUGUGCCUCAGGUUCCCCAUCUGCAAAAUGGGAAUAAUGAGUCUUACCUUGGAAAAGCUGCUAAGUAUUAUUACUCUUGUUGUGGUUGUUGCAUCUGUUAACAUUUUUAAAUUAAAAAAAAAACAACCACACCCCCAAAUUGGAAAUUAAAAUGCCAACAUGAAAACAUCGUUAUCCCUCUUAGAAUUUUUUUUUUUUGCAACCUUCUGUUUUCUUUUUAAGUCGGUGCCCCUUGCAACAGAUAAAACUUUCCCCAUAAGUAUGUUAUGGGGACAGGGAAAGUUAAAUUUUUUUUUUUAAAUGUAAUGUAAAAAAAUCUACAUUUCCGGGGUUGAGGGGCUGUGAAUAGUAAUUUUGUUGGGGUCCGACCCCCUCUCCCACCCCUCUUGUGUAGCCCUGUACCCCAGCGGGAUCAGACUGAGGUGAUCAGCUGCUGGAGGUUAAGGAUGGAGGCACAACACCAUGUGCAUGGUCUUUCUAGUUGCUGUAGCAAGUCGGAUCACUUUGUGUGUGUGACUGCGGAUGGGGAGAGGGGAUUAGUAGAAAGAUAGAAAAUCAAAACCGUUGUUGGCUUGUCCCUGGGGGCGUUCGCAGGCACCAUGCUCCCCCCAAUUGGAGGGUUCAAACCCUGGCCAUUCCGUGGUGCAAGAGGGGAGCAAGGGUGACGCUGCAGUGGUGUGAACCUGAAGACGCUAAGCAGAGGCAUGUGAAGGCAGGUCACUUCUGGCCCUGGGUCAGAUGACUAGUACACCGCAUUGGCCACCAAGGGGGCUUGUGGGAAGGGAUUGGAGGACCAUCAUCUAUUGAUUGUUGUGACUGCAGUUAGCAUAUCCCUCAGAUUGCUAACUCAGCGUCUGCCCCAUGAGGCUCGGAGCACGGUGGCAGCAUCUGAAUGCGAAACAUGUGAUGGGCGAAACCAGCUCCUGAACCCGGGUUAAAUCUGCCAUGAAGACGAGCAAAGCGCUCCCCUUCUCUCCAACUUACCCUGCACCACGCAUAUAUUACUGGAUGGAAGGGUGUGAUUUUUCACACCGAUGUAGUUAAACUAGAUGCAACGUUUGUGUGUGUGGACAUUCCUAUAUGACUUUAAACCAGGCUCCUGCCUCUAAAGUUACAGACGCAAGCUAAACCUGCUUGAAACCCAUAUAAGAGUGUCCACACACAACUAAACCGAUUGACCUUAAACCGGUGCAACUUCUGUGUGCAGAGCUUCAUCUAGCUACAGUGUUUUGCUGGCAUAGCUGUGUUGUCUGGGUGUGUGACAUAAUCACAACCUCCUCCCGACAUACGAUCAGUUUAUAAGCCCUGGAGGACAAUGGGGUGGCAAGGAAGAGCCGGCUUGGAUUGGUCACGAACAAAUCAUGCCAAACCAAGCUAAUUUCCUUCUUUGACGGGGUUACUGGCCUCGCGGGAGGGGGGAAGCAGUAGACAUGAUAGAUCUUGAUUUUAGGUGGGCUUUUGACACGUGACCUCAUCAGCAGACGAGGGAAGUGUGAUCUAGGUGAAAUCAGUAUAAGAUGAAUGGCAGGAAAACUCGAAGAGGAGUUAUAGCUGUAGAACUGGGAGGACGUCUCUUGCGGCGUCCCGCAGGGGUCAGACCUGGGUCUGAUCCUUGUCAAUAUUUUCAUUAAUAACCUGGAUAAUGGAGUGGGGCCCGCGAUUCUGGCAUGUGCAGAUGUCCAAGCCGAGGGUGUGUGUGCUUGUGGGCACUUUGGAGGACAGAGCUCGAAUUCAAAACGAUUUGGACAAAUUGGAGACCUCGUCUGAAACCAGCGAGAUGAAAUUCAGUAAAGACAAGGGCGAAGUAUUUCACUGGAGAAGGAAAAACCCACUGUGCAGCUCCAAAGUGGGGACUAGCUGGGCAGGAGGUCAGACGGCUGAGAAGGAUCCGGGGGGUUAUAGAUGAAUGUGAACCACCAAAGCUUGCUAAAAAGACCCUCUUGUUCUGGGGUGUAUGAACAGGAGGGUGGCGGGUCAUGUGUGGGAGGUCACUGUCGCUCCUCGGCACUGGCAAGGUCUCAGCUGGAGUCCUGUGUCCAGUUCUGGGUGCUGCAGUUUAGCUGGAUAAACUGGAGAGAGGCCAGAGGAGAGCGCUGAAAAGGAUGGAAGGUUUCGAACACUUGGCCGAUGGGGAGAGGUUAAAAAACCUGACCCUGGUGAGCCUUGAGAAAAGGAGACGGAAGGGGGAUCUGAUCAAUCUUCAGGGCCGUUAUAAAGGGGGCAAGGAUCUUCCUGUCCACCGGAGAUAGGACAAGAAGUAACGGGCUUAAUCUGCAGCAAGGGAGAUUUAGGUCAGAUAUUAGGAAAAGCUUUGCAACUAGAGGGGGAGUUAAGCUCUGGAGCAGGCGUGGAAGGGAGGUGGUGGAAUCUCCAUCAUAGCAGGGUUUUAAAGACAGGCUGGAUGAUUAGCUGUCAGGGAUGGUCCGGGUUUACUUGGCCCUGUCUCGGCGGAGGGAGCAGGACAGGGCAACCUCUCGCAGUUCCUUCCAGCCCCACGUUUCUAUGGUUCUGUGUCCUUUAUUCCCUAUUAAACUGCUUUGCCGAAUAUCCCCAUGCGAAGUGUGAGUGGCUGUAAAACCCUUCUGCCAACUCCACGAUGGUGUGAUGAUCACACGCUGUUACAGCUGCGUUUUGUGUCAGACGUGUAAUUACCCAGAUCUUCUGCGAGGUGAUAUUAUUAAUAUAGUGGUUUUCAUCAGUAGAUCUCAAAUGUGCUUCCAAUCUUUAUUAGUCAUGGUUUCUUUUAACUGCAAAUACAUUCCCCUCUCUCUCACGCACACAGCUGCAGCAGAAAGAAAGGGUGAGUGGGGGUUUUUUGUUUAGAUUUUUUUUUAGUAAAAACUUUUCCUCCUCACCUGGAAUGUCUGACUAUUUGACCUUCUUUUUAGUGAAAAGAGAAGUUGGGGGGAAGAAAUGAACCAGUCUUGUGUGUCUGGACACCAGCUGCCUGCAAAAAUUGUGCUUCCAAAAGUUGUAAGAGCAUAAAUCCUCUUAAUUAACAAUUUUUAAGCCACCAGCUGUGGUGGGUUUGAGACGCCCUCCCACAGAAAUGUUUCUAGUGUGUGUAUUUUUAACACUUUGAGAACAUAAUAUCCAAGUAUAAGCCUUUAAAAAAAAAUCUUCCAAUCAAUCAGAAUAUGUAAAAUUCACCCCCGUUCAGCAGGCCGACUCCAGAUCUAUGCGUCACUUACACCCUUGAACUAGAAUUUAACGUGACAAAAAAGACACGUGCUGGUGUGAAUUCUUCUUAGUGGGGCAGAUCCCCGAUGGAUGUAAAUCUGCAUGGUUCCACUAAAGUCAGUGGGGCCAGAUCCUUAGCUGGUAUGAAUUGGCUGCAGCUCCGUUGGCGUCUGCCAGUUCACACGAGCCGAGGACCAGGCCGUUGUGCUGUUAAGAACAGCCUUCUGCCCCCUCGUGCAUUAUCCUAGGAUAACUUGAGGCCUGCUCCUGUGAGACGCUGAGCGCUGGGACCUGAGCCAGGGAAGCCCCAUGGAGCCUGCUUAACUUUAAGCAUGCCAAAAGUUCUGUUGAAGUCAGGGGGACGACUCACAUGCUUAAAGUUAAGGGUCUGCUUAAGUGCUUUACUGGAUCGGGCCCCAGGGCGUGGGAUUGAGCCCAGAGCUUGGUUAAGAUUUGUCUACACUUCAGAAACUUCACCAGCUCACCGGCAAAAUUCCAAAUGUUGGAGGAAAAGGUUUUGAUUUUUUUUUCUCUCUUUCUCUCUCUCUUUCUUUCUGGGAUUUUGAUCAGCUGUAAAGAGCCCAGCUAAGUGCCUCACAUUGGGACAAAAUUUGAAACUUGGACGCAGCUCCAAAUUUGGACCAAAUGUCACUCGUCUGUCCCCUCCCCUCGUUUUCCUCCCAGCCCUAUUUUAUCACCAUUUGUUUGGAAAUAUUUCUCGAUCAGGGGCCCGUUGGUCUGGCUACUGAUGGCUAGCGUGGUUAACCUUGUCUCUAGAUCAGCAGCAUCAGUCAGGCUCGCUGUUGAAGAAAUUAAAAGCGAAGACUUUGGGAUCGUGGUAACUUACUAGAAAUCAAAGACGAGCGUGUGGUGUUUGUUAGUUAUUUGAAAUAACCUUUUUUUAAAUUUCUCCUUUGUUUUAACGUGUGUUUUUUAAAUGUGGUGGUAUAUGAAACAUUUUUUGGGGUGCAUAUUUUACUAAUUUCACUAUCUUCCUCCCCGAGUUAAAAAUAAUAAUUAUGACGGGAGGUGGAAUAACUGGCUUCCCAAUGACACUGUGACGACUUUAUUUCACUUUCAGAAAGGACACUGUCAAAGCAUUGUUAGGGCCCCGGGCCUGUACGCUCCGCUCUGGGCACUGAAUCCAGUGGGAUUACGCCUUUAGUUAAAGAGAGGCACAUUCUGUGAAGCUUGCCAGGAAGCGGCAGCCUCCAAUUGUAACAUGCUCGUGGCUGGGACCCCCAUGCCACUCUGCUGGCUGAAAUCUGAACUGCUCACCUGUGGGACAAGAGACCAACACUGCUAAGUAGGAGCCUGGUUCUUUUGUAGCACACAGGGCUGGGGGGUUCUCCUGUGCAGAGCAGGAGGAUCUGAGUUCUAAUCCCGCUGUGAAAUUGCAUGUGAUAGUUAAAUCUGGAGUGGGGAUAGAUUUGUUACGACGUAUUUUUACUAAGUCUUCAGCUGUUUUACUUGUAAUCACUGGAGGUUCUGAGAUUUUACAGUGUCCCAUCCAUAGAAUCAUAGGACUGGAAGGGACCUUGAGAGGUCAUCUAGUCCUGUGCCCUGCACUCGUGGCAGGACU